GCCAGUGAUAAAAGUCCCUGUGUUGUGCAGCCUGGAGGCAGACUCUCCGGUCCUGGGAGACUCUUUCGGGGAUGCGCAAAGAUGUGAGGAGUACCGAGCGAGAGGCAUUGUGAUCGGGCUUUUCUGCAAGCAUCAGGCGAGGCAUGUUUUCUCCAGCCAGAGAAUCUACGGGGUGGCAUCAAACUUGAUAUUUUUUCUUCUCGGUUUGCACGGCGACAGCGCUUCAUCAUUUCCGUAUAACAAGAGAGGAGAACGCGCUGUCCGUGGUGCUGAAACACGCAGAGAGACUUAGCUGAUCAACUAGUGAAGAGGGGCUCUCACUUCGUGCUUCAUUUGGCUGUAAGAACUUGUUUCCUGGGUGUCUGGGUGUGGCGCGUCAUGCUGUGGAUGAAGUGGAAGAUGGGGGUGGACUCGCUCAGAGGACGCAGACGGAGGCUGCCCUGCUCCCUCUGGUUCCUCCUGCUGUUCGCUGCUGGAGGUCUGCUGCUCUUCAUCCACCAGAGGGAUCUGUCAGAGAUGGUGCAGCAGCAAUACCCAGGCGUGAAGCUUGGAAGCACUCCCCGGCAGUCCAGAGAGACUCUCUCGACGCAAGAGAGAGAAAGAGGCAAAUCUGACAAUUACCAGGACCACCAGGCGACAGAAGUCAUCAUAUCCAGUCCGAUCCCUCCGAUGCAGUUCCCUCACUUUGAGAAGGGUAAACAGACGGCUGCUCCUGGGUCCAGAGAGCAGAGCAGACAGACGCCCACCCCGGUGUCUCGGGAGCAGGACAUUUCCUCCCUUCAUGUCUCCAAAAGACACCGCAAACUGCUGAAAACAAGUCCCCCUGUCCAUCACAACAGUAAAAGUGAUUCCUCGCCCUCUUCUUCUUCCUCGUCAUCCUCCUUGUCUGCUUCCUUGUCCUCAUCCUCAGUCGUCCCCCCUUCUGCUUCUGGCUCUUUCACCCCUGAUAAGUGGAAAAAGCUCGUCUCUAUACAGGAAGCGCGCCGGCAACUGAUGAAGGAGAUGUGCGCCAAGUACAAAAGCAGCAUCUCCAAGACCAUCACAGGCCACCACGUGAGAAACCUCUUCGUGGAGGACAAGUACAAGUUGUUGUACUGCCAGGUGCCCAAGGCAGGCUGCUCCAACUGGAAGAGGACCCUGAUGGUUUUGGCGGGAAAGGCUCCCAAUGCUCAGAGCAUCAAACACGACACAGUUCAUGACGGCCACCACCUCAAGGAGCUCAACUCCUUCGACCGAAAGGGAAUCAUGCACCGUCUGGAGACUUACACUAAAGUCAUUUUUGUCCGAGAACCCUUGGAGAAAAUGGUGUCGGCGUACCGGGACAAGUUUGAGAACCCUAACAACUACUACCACUCCAUGUUUGGGAAACCCAUCAUCUCCAAGUACAGGGUGAACCCGUCGUUAGAAGCGCUGAAGACAGGCAACGGGGUCACGUUCAAGGAGUUUGUGCAGUACCUUCUGGAUGUCCAUCGGCCAGUGGGAAUGGACAUCCACUGGGAUCAAGCCAACCAGCUGUGCAACCCGUGUCUCAUAGACUACGACUUCAUCGGCAAGUUCGAGAACAUGGACGAAGAGUCCAACUUUCUCCUGCGAUUGAUUGGGGCGCCACCCAACGUCAAGCUGCCAAAUUUUAAAGAUAGGAACCCAGCCGAUAAGAGGACCUCUACGCAGAUCACAGAAAAAUACUUUUCACAGGUCAGCACGUUGGAGAGACAGCGGAUCUAUGACUUCUACUACACAGACUAUUUGAUGUUUAACUACACUAAACCUUUUAAAGAUUUAUAUUAACUGACUCCUAUCAACUCUUGAAUCACAGUUACAUUCCACGUCUUCAUCGCUACCAUGAUAGAAAUCAUAAUUCACAUGCUCACAUGGAUCUAAGCGGAGGCAUCAGAGAGACUGAACUUCCUCCGAAUUUUUCAAGAAGCUGCCUUUUAUGUAAACAUUUCUACGAGAUUCUUCGUUCUCAGACGACUAUGAGAUGGAAGGUUCUUGUACUAUCAAAUACUCUAAAUUGCCCUUGUAGGAAGUUGUUUAUUCCCUACUAGCACAUGGUGAGGUAGAAUAUUAAAUUGAUCAAUGUUAUGCUUGUGAAAAGCUUUAAAAUUAUGCCUAAUAUCCUGUAAGUCAAAUAGGAUUUUCAAAUGCUUUUUAUGAUUUGAGGUUCCACUUGGGUGCAAUUC